GCGCCGCUGGCCCACAAUCACUGCCAGGUCCUCGCUCUUCCGGCUCUUCGCCCGCCGCGGUUCGUCCAUGCCCUUUGCCGAGGAGACCAAGCUGCUAAAAAACCCCGCGCCGGCGCUUCGCCACGACUCCAUCUGCUCCACGAUUGGCUCGACUCCUUUGGUCAAACUGCAGCGCUCGGCGCCUCCGGGAGUCAACAUCUACGUCAAGUCCGAAUUCAUGAACCCCAUGGGUUCGGUCAAGGACCGGCUCGCGCUGGGCAUGAUCGAGUUCGCCGAGCAGCACGGGCUUCUCAAGCCGGGCCAGACGGUGGUGGAGGCGACCAGCGGAAACACGGGCCUCGGCCUGGCGAUGGUCUGCGCCUCGCGCGGCUACCCCUUCGUCUGCGUCAUGUCGGAGGCCUUCUCGAUUGAGCGGCGCAAGAUGAUGCGAUUCCUCGGGGCCAAGGUCGUCCUGACCAACCCCGCGCACAAGUUCGGGGGCAUGCUGCAGACGCUACUCGCCCUCAAGGAGAAGCACGGCUGGUACUGGCCGAACCAGUUUGAGAAUGAGGCGAACGCGUGGGUGCACCGGCAGACGACGGGGCCCGAGAUCCUGCAGGCGAUGGAGGGGCUGAAGCUCGACUGGUUCGUGUGCGCAUACGGGACUGGCGGGACGAUCAAGGGGGUCGGGCAAGUGCUCAAGGACAAGUCGCCACACACAAAGGUGCUGCUCUGCGAGCCGUCCAACGCUCCGGUCGUGUACAGCGGCAUCAAGACCGAGUACACGGCCGACGGCUCCAUCACCAAGGAGUCGCACCCCGUCUUCCGGCCGCACCUGCUGCAGGGCUGGACACCCGACUUUGUCCCAAAGAUGGUCGAGGACUCGACCGAGCAAGGCUUGUACGAUGAGCUCUCGCACGUGUCCGGCGCGGAGGCGGUCGCCGCCUCGCAGGAGCUCGCUCGGUCGGAGGGCAUCUUCUCCGGCACGAGCGGCGGGGGCGUGCUCGCCGUGGCGCUCCGGAAGGCGAAAGAGCUGCCUGCGGGCAGCAACAUGGUUGUGAUGCUGCCAGACACGGGCGAGCGGUACCUCUCGACGCCGCUCUUCGACGACGUCCCGGCGGAUAUGACGGCCGAAGAGAAGGCGUACUUCGACUCGGUGCCUGCGACCACGGCCUUCCCGCAGCCGCUCCCGCAGCCAAACGACGAGGGGCGCCAGGUCGUGCGCGAUUUCAUCGCCACGGACACAGUGUCCAUCGUCGCGAUGGAGUCGUGCGAGUUUUGCUGGACCAUCUUCAAGUUUCUCAAGGCGAUCGGUGUCUCCUACUCGUCGCUCAACUUCGACGCCCUCGAGUACGCGCCCGGCAACAAGGGCAACGUGAUCCGCGCGUGCACGCAGGAGCUCACGGGCGAGGUCACCUUCCCCCAGGUCUUUGUCGAUGGCAAGUUCAUCGGUGGCGCUGCCGACGCGUGCAUCAAGUGGAAGAAGGGCGAGCUGCAGCCCCUCCUCGAGGCGGCGGGCGUCAAGCCGCCCGUCGGCGACAACGGCGAUUGGAACGGCUACGGCGGCGACCCGUUCGAGUUCCUGCCAAAGUGGAUGACCAAGAACCCGCUCCGCACAAAGUGAGGACUCGACUCGAGGGCGUUUCGCUCUGCGCCUUCUGAUAGACUGAAAAUAGGAGAGUCGAUCACUGACGUGCACUUUUACGUACCCGCUACCCGGCGGGAAGCGGGUGAAGUCAACGGUGUCGCAGGAGCGCGUUCCCUGUCCGCUGUAGACUGUACACGGCUGCCCCUCUAGUUUAAGCAGAGGGUCGCACAGCGCCCCAAAAUCC